AUGCCAGCAUUCCUCAAAUAUAUCGAUAUGGAAAACUUUAAGUCCUAUCGUGGGCACCACCGCAUUGGACCUCUGAAGUCUUUCACCGCUGUAGUAGGACCUAAUGGAUCAGGUAAAUCAAAUUUUAUGGAUGCUGUGAGUUUUGUGAUGGGUGAGAAGACUUCCCUCCUUCGUGUGAAGCGUCUUAGUGAUUUGAUUCAUGGUGCAUCUAUAAGUAAACCUGUUUCCAGAAGUGCAUCAGUAACAGCCACAUUUAUUUUGGAGGAUAUGACAGAAAAACAGUUUCAGAGGUCGGUUAUUGGACAGUCUUCUGAUCACAAAAUUGAUGGUCAAUCAGUUUCGAUAAGCCAGUAUCUAGCAGAGCUGGAAAAGUUGGGCAUCAAUGUGAAAGCCAAAAAUUUUCUGGUUUUCCAAGGAGCCGUCGAGAGCAUUGCUAUGAAGAAUCCAAAAGAAAGAACAGCACUUUUUGAAGAAAUUAGUGGAUCGGGAGUUCUGAAAGAGCAGUAUGAAGCUUGUCGUGCCGAAGUGAAUCGUGCUGAUGAGGAAGCUCAAUUUUCUUAUCAAAAGAAAAAAGGAGUAGCAGCAGAGCGUAAAGAAGCCAAAUUUGAAAAAGAAGAGGCUGAGAAGUAUACAAGGUUGAAGGAGGAAUUGCAACAACAAAAAGUAGAACUCCAACUAUUCCACCUGUAUCACAAUGAGAAGGAUAUCCAGGCUUUAGAAGAAGAAUUACAGCACAAACAAUCAGAGCUCGCUAAGGUGGAGAAGAAACGCCAAAAAGCUGAGGAGGCUCUUAAAGAGAAGAAGAAAGAAGCCGGGGCAGUUCAGCGUGAGCUGGCUAAGAUUGAACAGGACAUCCGGGAAGUUGAAGCGGAGAUAUCAAAGAAGCGUCCGACCUUCAUCAAGGCGAAGGAGCGCGUGACGCACACGCAGAAGAAGCUGGAGAGCGCCGUGAAGACGUUGGAGCAGGCGCGUAAGGCGCACGAGGCGCACCAGGCUGAUAUUAGGAAGCUGGAGGAGGAACUGCGUCAGAUCGAGGAGCAGAAGGCGACGUGGGAGGCCUCCAUCCUCGGCACCAGCCACUCGCGCGCCGACGUGCACCUCGAGGAGGCUCAGAUCCGCGAGUACGAGGAGCUGAAGAUGGAGGCGUCGCGGCAAGCGGCGCGCUACCUGCAGGAGCUGGACUCCGUCAACCGCGAGCAGAAGGCGGACCAGGACCGCCUCGACAACGAGCUGCGCCGUAAGGGCGAGCUCGAGAAUAAGCACCGGCAGAAGGGUCAUGAAAGAAACGAGGCCAUGAAGCGCGUGGAGAAGUUAAAUGAGCAUAUCAAGAGCUCGGAGCAAGCUCUAGAGGAGCAGAGGAGGCUGCGAGCUGAGUUGCAUGCGGACGUGGGGUCGUGCCGCGGCGCGGCGGCGGCGCUGCAGGCGGCGCUGGAGGAGGUGGCGGCGCAGCUCGGCGACGCGCGCGUCGACAAGCACGAGGAGGCGCGCCGCCGCAAGAAGCAGGAGAUCGUUGAGAGCUUCAAGCGGGAGAUCCCGGGCGUGUACGACCGCAUGAUCAACAUGUGCCAGCCCACGCACAAGCGCUAUAACGUGGCCAUCACCAAGGUGCUGGGCAAGUACAUGGAGGCCAUCGUCGUGGAUACGGAGAAGACGGCGCGUCGGUGCAUACAGGUGCUCAAGGAGAGGAUGCUGGAACCCGAGACCUUCUUGCCCCUGGACUACAUCCAGGCCAAGCCCUUGAGGGAGAGGCUUAGGGACAUCAAGGAGCCGAAGAACGUGAAGCUGCUGUUCGACGUGCUGCGCUUCGAGCCGCCCGACAUCCACCGCGCCGUGCUGUUCGUCACCAACAACGCGCUGGUGUGCGAGACGCCCGAGGACGCCUCGCGCGUCGCCUACGACCUCGACCGCAACAAGAACAGCCGCUACGACGCGCUCGCAUUGGACGGUACGUUCUACCAGAAGUCGGGCAUCAUCUCGGGCGGCUCGUUGGACCUGGCGCGCAAGGCCAAGCGCUGGGACGAGAAGCACCUCUCGCAGCUUAAGGCGAAGAAGGAAAAGUUAACAGAAGAGCUGCGCGAGUCCAUGAAGAAGUCGCGCAAGGAGUCGGAGCUGACCACAGUGGACUCGCAGAUCCGGGGGCUGGAGUCGCGCCUAAAGUACGCGCUCACUGACAGGGACACUACAUUGAAGCAAAUAAAACAACUCGACGCUGAGAUCGCUGAAUUAGAGCGCAAGAUGGAAAUGUUUGGGCCCCAGAUCGAGGAGAUCGAGCACACGAUCCGCGCGCGCGACGCCAAGAUACAGGAGGUGAAGGAGAACAUGAACAACGUGGAGGACGUCGUGUUCCGUGGGUUCUGCCGGGACAUCGGUGUCGCCAACAUCAGGCAGUACGAGGAGCGCGAGCUGCGCGCGCAGCAGGAGCGCGCUAAGCGCCGCAUGGAGUUCGAGGCGCAGAUAGACCGCAUCGCCUCCAACCUCGAGUUCGAGCGCUCGCGCGACACGCAGAAGAACGUGACGCGGUGGGAGCGCACGGUGCAGGACGGCGAGGACGAGCUGGACGUGCACCGCCAGGCCGAGGCCAAGCAGCGCCAGGAGAUCGACCGCGAGCUGCGGCGCGCCGACGCGCUCAAGGCCGACCGCGCCGCCGCGCGCGCGCACCAGGACCGCGCCGACGAGGCCGUCGCCGCCGCGCGCAAGGAGGUAGCGAACGUCCAGAAGGAGAUCCAGAGCAUCCAGAAGCAAAUCUCCAGCAUCGAGGCGCGCAUCGAGAGCCGCCGCAGCGACCGCCACAACAUACUGCGCCAGUGCAAGAUCGACGACAUCAUGAUCCCGCUGCUGGAGGGCAACCUGGAGGACACGGCCGAGGCCGAAACCGAGUCCUCGUUGUCCAGCGCACAGCUGUACCUGCGGGACUCCAGGAUCCGCGUGGACUACAGCGCGCUGAGCGAGGCGCUGACGGAGCUGGACGAGGCGGACGACAUCAAGCGCAAGGCCGACAAGCUGCAGAAGGCCAUCAACUCGCUGCAGAACACCGUCGACAAGAUACAGGCGCCCAACAUGCGGGCGAUGCAAAAACUGAACGAAGUCCGCGAGAAAGUGAACGCCACAAACGAAGCUUUCGUAGCGGCAAGGAAACGGGCUCAUAAAGCUAAGCUGGCUUUCGAAAAGGUUAAGAAAGAGCGGCACGACAAGUUUAUGACGUGUUUUGAGCACGUGGCCAACGAGAUAGACGCGAUUUACAAGGCGCUGGCGAUGAACCAGUCGGCGCAAGCCUUCCUGGGCCCCGAGAACCCCGAGGAGCCCUACCUGGACGGCAUCAACUACAACUGCGUGGCGCCCGGCAAGCGCUUCCAGCCCAUGUCCAACCUCUCCGGCGGCGAAAAGACCGUCGCCGCGCUCGCGCUGCUCUUCGCCAUACACAGCUUUCAGCCGGCGCCGUUCUUCCUGCUGGACGAGAUCGACGCGGCGUUGGACAACACCAACAUCGGCAAGGUGGCCUCCUUCAUCCGCUCCAAGAAGGGCUCGCUGCAGACCAUCGUCAUCUCGCUCAAGGAGGAGUUCUACGGCUGCGCAGACGCACUCGUCGGCAUCUGCUCAGAGCCGGCGGACUGCCUCGUCAGUGACGUCAUCACGCUCAGCCUCGAGAACUACCACGAU